UCUUAUAUUCUCAGUUUAUUGAUAGCUUCUUUAUAUCAUGAAACCUUAUUCAGCUAUGUUUUUGGCAACGAAGCUCUUGUUUAUUUCCAGUGGAGUGGUAAUACUGAGUCUCGUGAUUUCUGCUGAAAGGCCUACAGCUAUCAGCGUGGGAGCAGCUUUUCCCUUCAACUCUACCAUAGGAAAAGUUGCGAAAAUCGCUAUACAAGCCGGUGUCGAUGAUGUCAAUAUCGAUCCAACCGUUCUCCGGGGAUCCAAGCUGGUUCUCACCAUGCAAGACACCGAAUGCAAUUGCUACACCGGCAUGACCGAAGCUUUAAAGUUCAUGGAGAACAACAUUGUUGCCAUGAUUGGUCCCCAGUGGUCUUUGAUAGCUCAGAUCAUCUCGCACAUCGCCAAUAACCUCCAAGUACCUCUUCUCUCCUAUGGUGCUACUGACCCAACACUCUCUUGUCUUCAAUUCCCUUACUUAGUGCGUACUACUCAAAGCGAUACUUUUCAGAUGCAAUCUAUAGCUGAGAUCAUCGAUUACUAUCAAUGGAGACAAGUGAUAGCAAUCUACAUUGACCAUGAGUAUGGCCGCAAUGGCAUAUCUGCCUUGGGUGAUAAACUUGCAGAAAGAAGAUGCAAGAUCACCUUCAAAGCUGCAUUGCCACCUGAACCAGACAACAAAGACAUAAUUGAUUUGCUGAUCAAGGUUGGAAUGCAAGAGUCUCGAAUCAUAGUCUUGCAUGCAAAUCCAGCUGUUGGUAUCACUAUCUUCUCGGUGGCAAAAUCUCUUGGUAUGAUGGAAAAUGGGUAUGUUUGGAUUGCAACAGAUUGGCUUGUUGCUCUGUUAGACUCGACAGGAGCACUUGAUCAACAAACCAUGGACUAUAUGCAAGGUGUUUUAUCCCUGCGAAUGCAUACUGCAGACUCAACGAGGAAGGCAACAUUUGCUUCAAGAUGGAGUGAAUUGGCUAACAAAUACUCUGGAAGUAACAUUGGGCUUCAUUCUUAUGGGUUGUAUGCCUAUGACAGUGUGUGGGUACUUGCAAGAGCAUUGGAUGCAUUCUUCAAUGAAGGUGGUUCAAUUUUAUUCUCUAAUGCCUCAAAGCUGAGUCUUUUCAAUGGAGGCAAGCUUCUACUUAAUAAGAUUAAGAGGAUUCGGAUGGAAGGUCUCACAGGUUUGGUUCAAUUUGAUCCAGAUGGAAAUCUAAUUCAUCCUGCAUAUGACAUCAUCAAUGUGGUGGGUUCUGGACUUAAGAUGAUUGGUUAUUGGUCUAAUUACUCUGGAUUAUCAGUUAUAUCUCCUGAAAAACUCUAUAAUAUGCCCCCCAAUAAAUCCAGUGUCAACCAAAAGCUUAACAAUGUUAUUUGGCCUGGAGACAUGGUCAUUAAGCCUAGAGGUUGGGUGUUUGCUAACAAUGGGAAGGAGUUGAAGAUUGGUGUGAUUAAUAGGCCUUUUUUCCAAGAAAUCCUAUCAAAAGACCUGGAAACCGGCACUGUGAAGGGAUAUUGUAUUGAUGUUUUUACUGCUGCAAUGAACCUAUUGGACUAUCCUGUUCAUUAUAAGUUCAUACCUUUCGGCGAUGGCCUAAACAUGCCAGAUUAUCAAGAGAUAUUAUACAAGGUUGCUGCAGGAGAGAUUGAUGGAGUUGUAGGAGACUAUGCCAUUGUCACAAACAGAACACUGAUUCUUGAUUUCACCCAACCGUAUAUCGAGUCUGGCCUUGUCAUUGUGGCUCCUCUCAAAAAACUAAGGUCCAAUGCUUGGGCAUUUUCAAGGCCAUUCACUCUGAAACUCUGGUGUGCCACUGGAGUUGCCAUUGUUCUUGUUGGAGUGGUUGUAUGGAUUCUUGAACGUAGAGUUAAUGAAGAGUUCCGUCAUGGUGGCAACCCAAGAAAACAAAUAUUUACGAUCUUCUGGUUUGGCUUUUCAACUAUGUUCUUCUGCCAACAAGAAGAGAUUAGAAGCACCCUUGGACGCAUUAUCAUGAUUGUAUGGCUGUUUGUGGUGUUAAUCAUUCAGUCUAGCUACAUGGCGAGCUUGACUUCGAUACUCACAGUACAACAACUCUCUUCAAGCAUUCGAGGCAUCGACACACUAAUAGCAAGUGGUGAAAGCAUUGGAUUUGCUGCAGGUUCAUUCGCGGAGAAUUACAUGGUGCAGGAGCUCAACAUUCCAAGAUCAAGGCUUAAAUCUCUUGCUUCCCCUGAUGAAUAUAUUAGGAACCUUGAGCUUGGUCCAAACAAUGGAGGCAUUGCUGCUUUUGUUGAUGAACGUCCUUAUGUCGAGCUUUUCCUUUCAACACAAUGUCAGUUCACUACUGUUGGCUCUGAGUUCACUAAAGCUGGCUGGGGUUUUGCAUUUCCACGCGACUCUUUGUUAGCAGUUGAUGUAUCUACUGCAAUUCUCAAACUCUCAGAGAAUGGGGAUUUGCAGAAGAUUCGUGACAAAUGGCUGACGAGGAGUGCUUGCAGGUCUGCAAACAAUGAACUGGACUCCGAUCGGCUUCGUUUGAGUAGCUUUUGGGGCUUGUUCCUCAUCAUUGGAUUGGCAUGCUUCUUUGCUAUACUCAUUUACCUGUCCUUGGCACUCUACAAAUACAUUCAGUUUGCUGGCAAAUGUAGUAUCCGUGAAUUCCUUUCUUUUGUCUGGUUGACUGAAAGAGGAGGUGAAAUCCAGUCGAAGAGUUGAAGGUUGAAUGCUCACGAAGCUCAUAAGGGCUUUUUGUGUAUGUGUCUAGUUUUUGUAUUAGUUAUUUAGUAUAAUUGUAUUUGAACAUGCUGUAAACUAGAUCACAAAAUGAUUAAGAUU